CAAUCCGAGGGGAGAAGGCAUGAAUACAAUGACUGCUGAAAUCAUAAAAGACAUCUCCGCGACAAGCUUUCCCCAACCCGACUCACCUGUCUCAUCAGCACCAGAAAACGGACAGCUGUUAUUCAUCCGAAACGUCGCGUCCCGUCGGGAUACGCAGACCACCAGCGCCAGCGCGAACCUCGACGGGGGCAGCUCCCAGCCCCUCGUAUCCUCAGCCACAGCCGAACCCCAGUCGUACACCAUGACAUCGGGCGAAUUCAUGCAAUCCACGCCUGUGUUCGCGCAGAGGUCCAAGAAGAACCUGUUUUUUAAGAUCUUAUGUUUCCUCGUGCUCCUUCUCCAGGGCGGCAUGCUGGAUUUCUACCUCAUCAUCUUCACGGAUCUCUACUGGUGCUCGUGGAUAGCCACGGAUUUGGUGGUUAUAUCGGGAUGGGGGAUCUUCUUCAUGAAAAACGCGAGAAGCAAGCGAGAACGCGCUUGCGGUUUCCACCAGAAAAGCUCCAUCUUCGGCUGCAACCUCGGGGAGUUCACCUUCGCGUACCUGGCAUGGCUCAUCUACGUGAUCGCGUCCACCCCGAAGGUGGUGCUCGUUUUGGAAACGUCCAUACUGGAUCUCGUCGCCCUGAAAGUGCCGUUCGGCAUCACGGGGUUCAAAAUCACCGUGUUGCUCUGUGCGCCCUUGCUUUACUGUCUCAUCAACUCCGUCAUUGAGGAUCCCAACGGUGCCACGCGUUUCCAUUCCCAAGGUUGCUUCCUGGGCACCUGCAUUGACAUCUUGGACAGCUUCACUUUGGUGGAAAUGCUCCUUAAAAAUGAAAUUCCCGACGUGUACCUGAAGUACACGGUCAUAUCUGUGUAUUUCAUCGCGUUGGGCGUUCCGGUUGUAUGGCUUUAUGAGUUGACGGCCUCGCAGAUGAACUGUCGCUGGAUAUGGGCGAGGUUCUUCACCGGUUUGCUGGUUAACGCGCCCUUGCUGGUGGUCAGAUGUUUCCUCGUGUUCGUUUACAAAGCGCCCGUUUCUGUUUUCAUGUUCAAAAACGUGUUGUUUUUGGGGUGUAAGUCCCUGGAGAUGAUCGAUCAGUGCGCGUCUCUGAGAGGUGCCCGGAGGUUUUCACGUGGACGCGGCGGGAACGCGGCCCAGUUCUCUCAUUGCGUUUCAGAGAACGACAUGUGUCCUCACGGUUAUGUGAACACGUUGGCUGUCAACACUCAGUCGUAGGUGCGUUUGACGGAUGCCACUUAAUACAAAGUGUGUGUCAGCCCAUGUAAGGGGAGGUACUACAGGUGAAGGUUUUCUUCUUUUAAUGAGCUUUUAGUCGAAUUCAUAAAUCCAAAGUAAAAGACUAAAUAAAUAGCUCUGAAUAAAAAGGAGCCUUUGUGACUCCCCGGUUAAAAAAGCACCAACAUUCUUACUAAAUAUGCAAAUAAAUACAUAUUGUAACAAAGGUAAAAUGUAAACUUUCUUGUUCGGUGUAGAAAAGAGUUUCUCGUCUGGGGGCCUACAAUUAUUUAAAAACAACAAGCAUUAAAAUAUACAAAAAUAAACAAUAUUUUGCUUGGCGUUUAGUUAUUUUUAUAAUGAUUGACGAAUAAACAUCUUUCAGGCCUCCUUAAACUUUGAGGGGAAUCCAUAGAUGGUGAAUCAAAACGUUAUUUAUUUAAAGUAAACAAUAUAUUAAAAUUAUAUAUUUUAUUACAAAAUAAAAGCAUUAAGAAAGCAAACUUUAAAAUGUCUUAAUGUUAACUGAUGUAAAUUAAACAGGCCUAACAAAGUUUAUUAAAGCUUGGCUGAUGUUGCAAUGUCUAAAAUAAAUUCCACCAAAACUAUAACUUAUGCCUGUAGUACCUUCUCUUAUGAAUGAUGUGUCGUGCUCCUUCACUCUGAACAGGUGCUACAACCAAACCACUCAAUGUGCCAAUGAAGAAACAUUCCCACCUGUGACCUCUGCAGUAUUUCCUCCAUGUUAUGGACGUGACUGUAUAACCGUGCUUACACGACGAUAAUGACAAAACCUUUUAUUUGCACUUGUUUUGUGAGGCACUUUAAUUGCGUGAGAACUGUGCGACAGAGGAAAUGUUAUAAGUGCAAUGUUGUACCAUUUAUUUUCUAUGUCCUUGUUUCGGUAGACUAAGGUAGGCUGAAUGAUGUUUGUAGUGUUUUCAAAGAUGUUCCUAAACGCACUUCUCAAAAGUGUAAAUAUGCCUUGUGAUUUGUACACCAGAUUGUGAACGUGAUGUGGUCCCUUCCCAUUUCGAAUUCUUGGCCAGUGACAGUGGUACUUAUGAAUGUGGCAAGGUGUAUGAUACAGAUUUAUGAUGUUUCUUAAUGUUAAUAGACGACUUUAAGUGUAGGAUCUAUGAGGAUAACUGUAAUCCAUUUUUAAUGACCAAACUUUCACGUGCCGGCCAAAUCCAGCCAUAUCACUUCCACGGUGCCGUCCCAUCAGAACUAGGCUACCUCUCUCUACCAGAAACCAUGAACACGUGGGGUUAUUAACUUCAGAUGCUAAACAUUCAUUCCAGCAGUUAAGGUAUUAUCACAGUUACUGAUAUUUUAACUGGCUGAGAAAAUGCUAUUAGCAUUGAUAAAAAGAUAAAAUACAAGGACAUUUGUGAAUUCAACUCUACAUGCACUGCAUCUGUCGGAAUGAUACUCCAGACAUGCAUAUUACAAGAUCAAUGUACAUUACUUACGCCAAGAAUAACGGCAUUCCAAAUAUCAAGUCUUAAAAGUAAUUUGCUUUCUAUUUAAAUCACAAUCCACCUCUUAACCAUAAAAGGCAAACUAGUCGUCACUUGUCAACAAGGUUAUAAGCAAAGUAUAUAUAUAUUAACAAC